GUACUCUCAGCCAUGGUGAAUCCCACCGUGUUCUUCCACAUUCCAGUGGACAGCGAGCCCUUGGGCCGUGUCUCCUUCGAGCUGUUUGCAGAUAAGUUUCCAAAGACAGCAGAAAACUUUCGUGCUCUGAGCACUGGAGAGAAAGGAUUUGGUUAUAAGGGUUCUUGCUUUCACAGAACUAUUCCAGGGUUUAUGUGUCAGAGUGAUGACUUCACACGCCAUAAUGGCACUGGUGGCAAGUCCAUCUACGGGGAGAAAUUUGAUGAUGAGAACUUCAUUCUAAAGCAUACAGGUCCUGGCAUCUUGUCCAUGGCAAAUGCUGGACCCAACACAAACGGUUCCCAGUUUUUCAUCUGCACUGCCAAGACUGAGUGGUUGGAUGACAUGCCUGUGGUCUUUGGCAAGGCGAAAGAAAGCAUGAAUAUUGUGGAGGCCAUGGAGCGCUUUGGGUCCAGGAAUGGCAAGACCAGCAAGAAGAUCACGAGUGGACAACUCUAAUAAAUUAGAGGGGACAACUCUAAUAAAUUUGACUUGUGUUUUAUCUUAACCACCAGACCAUUCCUUCUGUAGCUCAGGAGAGCAGCCGUCCACCCCAUUUGCUCGCAGUAUCCUAGAAUCUUUGUGCUCUCGCUGCAAUUCCCUUUGGGUUCCAUGUUUUCCU